AUGCGAUGUGGCAUUCCCGAACUCUUGCCUUUUGCCAGUCCACGUUACCAUUCAUCGCAGUCAACGACGAAACAGAAUAGGUUACAGUAUAUCUUCGUGCAGGACAAGAUGUGCGCUUUACGAUAUCCUUCGACGCUUUGGUCAGUACAAGGGGAAUUUAGCUCCGGUCAGGUGGCUGUGAAUGACGAAGCUCUUCUGAAUGGUCGCAAACGAGAUCUGGCCUUUCACGACGUCAUAACAUUGUUAGAAGGGCCACGUUGUAUUCGCCUGACGUUCAGUGAGAAGCAAGCUGGAAUAAUCGACGACUUGCGCCCAUAUCUUGCAUGGGAGUCCAGUUCGUAUGCUCACGUUCGAUAUUUGGAGGAGAAAAAGAUCUUUUCUAUCGGAAGUGAUCGAGCAUGCGAUGUUUCGCUGCCAACGCCACAUUUGGCCGCCAACCAUGCCACAGUUGUGCGAAAUAUUUGCAGAGGAGUGGAGAGCAAAUGUCUUCGUGAAUGGUGUCCAAGUUUCCAAGCGAGGCACAAAAACUCUCGCAAAUGGAGAUAUAGUUACCAUCCACAAAGUGUGAAAUUCCGGUUCAACAGUGGAGACGGCUCCAAGGCACGCACGACUGCUGCAGGUGCUUCAGCAAAGGCCUCCCCUACUCGGAGUCUGUCCAAGUCCAGCCAGACAACAAAUACAUUGAGUCCAGCACCAAGCGUGGUGCCGCAGCCGGUUAACGAACGACAACAGGUUAAAUCAGGACGAAAUGAUACAAUCACGUUGACACAACUUGAAGCCAACUUGACAUGCUGUGUUUGCCUGAACAUAUUCUUCAAACCAAUCAACAUCGAUCCAUGUAAUCACAAAUGUUGCUACUCGUGUGUGUUAUCGUGGCUUCAGCGAAACGGCUUUGUUGGGAAAUGCCCUCAGUGUCGGUGCACUAUCAUGAGUGUGAAACUCGAUCCUGUGCUUAACAGUAUCGUGGACACAAUGUUAAGUAUGAAACCAGGAUUACGACGUAGCAGUGAAGAGAUUAGAAUGAUUGAAGAGAUGGAAUCUCGAAAUAUGAGGGAAUAUCAGAAUCUUCUACAGUAUUCCCUGACAGUGGAUGCUUUUCUUCCACAACCGCGAACACCAUGGGUGCCAUGA